AGGCCUAUUGAUAUUUCAGUAUUAUAUGCAACACCUAUUAUUACUUAAACGCACAAUAGCCUAUGUCAUUUUCUGCCAAUAGGCUGCCUAAUUAACCGCGGAGGUCUCCAAAAACAGACACACUCCAGGCAUGCAGGAGGUUAUUACCAUGAGCCGAAUUAUCCAUAGAGGUCUACUGCUCUCCAAGUCAAAUGGACACGUGGCGAUGACAAUGGCUGCUGCCUCCACCAUCUUUCUGCUCCUGCUCUGCUGCUACACCAUCUCCUCCGAAGCUUCUCAGGAGGGGUGCGACUACUACGGUGCAACAGGUGACAACUUCACCGUGCCUCUGGCUGCCCGGCUGACAGACGGGGGCUCAUUGCAGUGGAUACACAACGAAGCAGUACUAAUCUUAAAUAAAAAACCAAACAACGUAUUUAUCACCGGAGACGGGGAGCUCGUUAAUGAAGAUGGAUCCCUGAGGCUGAUGAAUUUGAAGAAAAGCAACGCGGGGACGUAUAAACCCAAGGUUUAUGGUUCAAAUGGGAAACAAAAAGGGAAUUUCAAAAGCAUACGUUUAUGUGUAAUGGAACGUGUCCCGAAGCCUUCAGUGGACAUAAAAUGUAAAUUACCUUCUGUCACGUUUACCUGCAAAGCGGCCAAGGAUGUGACGAUUGAAUGGCUUAAGAAAGACAAGGUGUUGGAAAAGGAGAAGAGUUUGACUCUGACGCGAGACGCCCAACUGGUGCAAACUGAUUCUUUUACCUGCAACGUUUCCAACCGCGUCAGCUUCAUGACCAGCAACCCUGCUACACAAAACUGCUUUAAAUCCGGUUUCGUUUUCCCUGAAACACUACUGGGAAUUAAUUCUUGGAUUGUCGUGGGCGUCGGAGGAGGUGUUGUUCUGGUGCUGAUUAUCGUCGUUAUUAUUUGCUGCGUCUGCGCCAAACGGAAGAAAAGCAUGCAACUGAAGGACGAGGGGGAGCUUCGUUUGGCGUGGACCAAUGAACAGCAUCAUCAUCAUCAUCAUCCCAAUGAACAGCAGCAUCAUCAUCAUCAACAUCCCAAUGAACAAAAUCCCCCUCCCGAUCAUCAUCAUCAUCAUCAACAUCAUCACCAGCAGCAGCCGGCCGGACACACGGGCCCUCGCCCACAUCGCUCCAAACAGAGCCGCAACCAGCCGCGUCCCCCCCCCUCCGAGGGACACCCGCAGCCCAGCCCCCGGAGACCCACGCAGGCCCCCGGACCCGUUGAUAAAAAUGACGACGAGCAGCCUCCUCCUCUUCCUCAGCCCAGGAAGAAAGCGGCCAGAAUACAAAAAGUGUGAAUCCCUGUGAGAGCUGGAGCUUAGAAAAUACGGGUUCCCCCGUAGCAAGGUCGGAUCAAACUCAUCACAUCACAGACGGCGUAUGGAAUUAUACUUUGCAAUCUGAUUCAUCAAAAAGGAAAUACUCGUGAUUUUAGCCCAUAAUCGCCACAUUAUCGUCACAUCAUCGUCACAUCAUCGUCACAUAUCGUCACAUAUCGUCACAUCAUCGUCACAUUAUCGUCACAUUAUCGUCACAUCAUCGUCACAUCAUCGUCACAUUAUCGUCA